AUGUCCGCUCCCCACGUGAAUGGAAAUGGGAAUGGUCACCCCGCUGCUCCUAUCCCGGCCGCUGAGUCUUCUGCUACGCAGAGCAAAGUUCAGCCGAACGAUGUCGGAUGGCAGUUCGUUCCCCAGUACUACAACUUUGUCAACAAGCAACCUCACCGCCUCCACUGCUUCUACAACAAGCGCUCGACAUUCAUCCACGGCGAGGAAGGCGAGGAGGCUCAGGUCGCACUCGGCCAGCAGGAAAUCCACGCCCGGAUCACCUCGAUAGGCUACGACCAAUGCAAAGUCUACAUUCACCAGAUCGACUCUCAAUCCUCCGCCAACGGCGGCAUCAUCAUCCUCGUUAUCGGUGAAAUGUCCAACAUGAAUGGUCCAUGGCGGAAAUUCACCCAAACCUUCUUCCUCGCCGAACAACCCAACGGCUAUUUCGUCCUGAACGACAUUUUCCGAUACCUGAAGGAGGAGGUUGAUGAUGAGGACGACGAUGAGGAGACGACGGUCGCGUCGACCACUCCCGCCAAGGACAAGGAGGUUUCAGCGCCGGUCGAGCAGGCGCCCGCGCCGGUAGAGGUCAAGGCGACCGAGGAGAUUGUCGCGCCGGUCGACAAUGACGUCGAGGAGAAGGCCGCCGCGCCGGUCGAGGAGGAGAAGGAGGAGGAGGUCGCAGAGGCACCCGCGGCGGACGUCGGAUCAGGGCCAGAACCAACAAGCGAGCCCGCACAGGUCGACCAGGCGACUGUUCCGGAGGAGGCGGUUAUUGCUUCCGUUCCGGACAAGGAUAUCGCCCCGUCUGAGCCUGCCCAGGCUGUCGAGGAGCCCACUACAUCCACUCCUUCCGCCGAGGAGUCGGCUCCUGCGCCUGAGCAGCCCGCCGCCAACGGCGCUCCCAAGGCUGCUCCUCCUGCUGCUGCCCCGGCCGCACCUGCCGCACCCGCCAAGCCAAAGGGACCCAUGUCGUGGGCUGCUAUCGCCCGUCCCACCGCCGCUGCCAAUGCCCCCGCCGUCAGUGCCCCACCCGCCGCCGCUCCCAAGGCGGUCCAAGUCGCUCCUGCUCAGGCCGAGCAGGCGAACGGCUCUGCCCCCUCGGCCUCGUCUUCCGGCCCCAAGUCGACCGCCGUGGAGAACGCCAUGCGCGUCAAGACCUCGCACUGCUUUGUCAAGCUCCCCAACUGGGCCGCCAACGACCAAUCCGGCGAGCCGAUGGACGAGAACUCUCUCCGUGCGGCCGCGUCCCGGUUCGGCGAAGUCAGCAAGGUCGAGAUUGUCGGCAACAAGGCCUGCGCCUUUGUCGAAUUCAAGUCGAUCCAGUCGGCCACCAAAGCCAUCAUCGCGUCUCUGCAGACCAACCAGGGCGGCGAGGGUGGCGUCAAGGUACAGGGCCAGUCGGGGUCGCUCAUCUUCGAGACGAGGAAGGAGAAGGAUGAGCGCAGGAUGAAGGGGCCGGGCGGAGGUCAGCAGGGACCUGUCGGUGGUGAGCGGCAGAUGAAUGGUGGUGGAGAGCGAGGGAGGGGCGGGAUGGGCGGUGGACGCGGUGGUGGGCGAGGGGGCGCGAUGGGCGGGCAGGGCGGGCAGCAGCAGCAGCAGCAGGGGUCGGACGGGUUUGUGGAGCGUACGUCGGGCCGAGGGGGGCGGGGCGGACGGGGGAGGGGAGGUGCGCCCCAGGGAGACAGGCAGCAGAAGUAG